CUAAAAGGAAUUCUUCCCUCUCUCUCUCUCUCUCUCUCCUCCCAUUUUCUCUCACCCCAAACAAAUCAUCUUGGCUCACCACCCCCACCCCUUUCCCUCGUACCCUUUCCAUCCUCUGUAAAACAUUUCCUUCCUUCACUCAUUCUUUUCGACUGCCGCCUCCCUCUCUCUUUGGUUCGCUCUCAUCUCAGCCCCGGCCUCUCGUUUCUUUCGCAGGUCGUCGUCGCCGCUGCAUCCCUUCUUCUCUCUCGGCCACAGCAAUCUCUCUCUUCUUCAGUCCUCGCCGUUCACCCUCUCAAACGCCAAAAGGUUGAAUCGUACAAUCAGCGAAAAUGUAUCUUCAGUUUUACAUAAACGAGAAAGGUGACAAAGUCUAUACUACUAAGAAAGAAUCACCAGUGGGGUUGGCUACACAGUCUGCUCAUCCUGCCCGCUUUUCACCUGAUGACAAGCACUCAAGGCAGAGAUUUCUUUUGAAGAAGCGGUUUGGAUUGUUGCCAACCCAGCAGCCUCCUCAGAAGUAUUGAAAUGCCUCUGGUAUAAGUGUUGUAAUCUGUUCCUUUUAAAGUAGUAGUGCCUUAAGUUUGGUAGGAAGGUUCCUUUUAAAUGUUUGAUAGGAAGGAGAGCAGAGAGUUUAAAAAGAAUGGGGAGGAGGAUGGAUGGAGAUGAUAGUUACUCUCAUUUAUGUUGUUUGUUGUUUGGUACUAGGUGUGGAGUUGGAAAGAUGCGUAAAUUAAUUGUUAAAUUUACUAUUUAAUUUUUUUAAUAUAAAUAUUUAUUAUUUUUAUAAAGGACAUUUAUGUUGUUUA